UUGCUUCACACACAAUCUCAGCCUCCAUAGCAGCCCUUGCAAUCUCAAUCUUCUCUUCUUUUUUCAGGAUACCCAUUUCGUUUUUCUUCUCAAAUGGCCCUUUCUUGUUCCAAAGUUUCAAGCUUUUCUCUCUCACCCGUUGUGGGUGGUGGUGAUGUUUUUAAAAAUCUCACUUUUUCUUCCUUUUCUUUGAGUUUUUCUAAUAAGCGUGUUGGUGGAAUCAAGAACUUGAGGGUGCGUGCUGCUGCUUCAAACGCACCAGCUCCACUCGCUGGGGUCAUAUUUGAACCCUUUCAAGAGCUAAAGAAGGAUUAUCUUGCUGUCCCAAUUGCACACAAUGUUUCCUUGGCUCGUCAGAACUAUGCUGAUGAGUCCGAAUCUGCAAUCAACGAGCAGAUCAAUGUGGAAUACAACGUUUCCUAUGUGUACCAUUCCUUGUUUGCGUACUUCGACAGAGACAACAUAGCUCUCAAGGGACUUGCCAAGUUCUUCAAGGAAUCAAGUGAAGAAGAGAGAGAGCAUGCUGAGAAGCUUAUAAAGUAUCAGAACAUUCGUGGUGGACGAGUGGUGCUGCACCCUAUCACAAGUCCUCCCUCAGAAUUUGAGCAUUCGGAAAAAGGGGAUGCCUUGUAUGCCAUGGAACUAGCUCUUUCUUUGGAGAAGUUGACAAAUGAGAAACUUCUGCAUGUUCACAGUGUGGCAGAUCGUAACAAUGAUCCUCAACUAGCAGACUUCAUUGAGAGCGAGUUCUUGUAUGAGCAGGUUAAAUCAAUUAAAAAGAUUGCAGAGUAUGUGACUCAACUGAGAUUAGUUGGAAAGGGUCAUGGUGUGUGGCACUUUGAUCAAAGGCUUCUUCAUGAUGAAGAUCUAUAAUCUUUGAACAGCCUCUGUUUUCUAUACAUAUGGUCCUAUGUGAAGUUAUCACCGUGUUGUUCUGUUUGUAGUAAUAGUGAAUAAGUGUGUUGUUCUGUUUGUAGUAAUAGUGAAUAGUGAAUAAGUGUUCCUCUCCUAGGUGAUAAAAAUGUAGGGAACUUUGUGCUUGUAUUAUAGUUGUUGGUAGAAUGGUAGUAGUAGUAUUAUUAUGUGCAAUCUCAUAUAUGUUUGUACCAUGUAAUCAUUUUAUUAGAAAUAAAAAAUGACGUUCGGUUACUUGGGUUCUCAA